GAUUUUCAAAGAGUAUUAGUAAUGAAGUCAACGCUACGAAGCGACUUGCUUUCCUAAUCUUGUGAAUCUCGAUUGUGUGAAUGUAAAUUGCAAUUUCCAGAUACCGGUAAUCAUUCGUGUACGAUUAACGCCUUUCUUUGGAGUGUUGUGUAACUUUUCGUCGAGGUAUACCUAAUGAGUCGUACCAAUGAAUUCACCAGCGAUUGGAAUUCACUUCGGUUCCUCAUACUCUUGUGUUGGCGUUUACCAGUUCGGAAAAGUUGAAAUUAUCGCCAAUGAUCAAGGUAGCAGAAUUACGCCGAGUUAUGUCGCAUUUACAGAUAACGGAACUUUGAUCGGUGAAGCAGCCGAAAAUCAAUCGAAGAGUAAUCCCAAAAAUACUAUUUAUGAUGUUCAAAAGAUGUUGGGUUGUAAGUACAACGAUGUUCAUUCUUUGGCCAGUGUAAAGCAUUGGCCUUUCCAGAUAACUGAACACAAUGAAAAACCACAACUCAAAGUUAAACACUUAGGCAGCUAUCAAAAGUACUUUCCUGAAGACAUAUCUUCAGUAAUAAUUGGGAAAAUGAAAGAGACUGCCGAAGCCUAUCUAGGUAAAACGAUUCGAAAUGCUGUAAUCACUGUACCAGCUUAUUUCAACGAUUCUCAAAGAGCAGCUACCAUAGAUGCAGCUAAAUUCGCCGGCCUGAAUUUAUUAAGUAUCAUUGAUGAACCUAUUGCUGCUGCUAUUGCUUACGGUUUAGAACAAAAGCUCUCCCCUCUUAAAGUAUUGGUUUUGGAUAUGGAGGGUGGAAAUUUCAAUGUCUCCGUUUUGGCACUCGAAAACGGCGUUUUCAAAGUAAUCUCAAGCAUACACAAAGCCUACUUAGACAUCGAUAACUAUGACAAGCGAAUGGUCAACUAUUUCGCUCAAGAUUUCAAAGAUACAUACAACAAAAAGCUCACAAAUAAUAAAAAAACGUCAAGUCGCUUGCUAGCUGCUUGUAAACGAGCAAGAGGAAUUCUGAUAUCAUCUCCUGUAGCCAAUAUCGACAUCGAGUCUUUUCACGAUGGUAUUGAUUACCAUACUAGGAUUUAUCGUGCUUUUUUCGAAGAACUGAACGACGACUUCUUCCGAAGGGCAUUGGUAGUAAUUAAUAAAGCCAUCCAAGACGCUGCCAUCGACAAAACUGAGAUCGAACAUGUCGUUUUAAUUGGUACUUCAUCCCGAAUGCCAAAAAUUCAGAAAAUGUUACAAAAUUUCCUCGGCGAAAAGGACUUCUACAUGUCGAUCCAUCCAAAUGAAACAGUUGCUUACGGUGCUGCCCUACAAGCUUCCAUAUUAAACAUUGACGAAUCUAUUAAGGAAGAACAAAAUGCAGUGUUAACGGAUUGUACCCCAUUAUCGUUAGGUGUAAAUGCAAAAUAUGAUGAAAUGGCUGUGAUCGUUAAACGCAGAACUCCAAUUCCAACCAGACAAACAGCUGUUUUUGAUAUGAAAGGAGUUCAUCAAUCUUGUUUCCGUUUCGGAGUGUACGAAGGCGAAUAUCCUGCUGUGAAGCUGAAUCAUUACCUGGGUCAAGUGGAGCUUAGCGGUAUUCAUCAUGCACCUACUGGAAAUACUUCAGCCUAUAUAACGUUUGAAAUCGAUGCUAAGUGUACUUUAAAGGUAACCGCCGUUCAAACAUGGACUGGCUCUGUGAGCCAAUUAAAAGUCAAGUACGAUAGAAAUCGUCUGAGCUGUUUUGAAGUUAAUCGUAUGAUCAGUGAUGCUGAAAAAUAUCGGCUUAAACGACAACAAGAAGAACGAAACGCUGCAUUAUCUGCCAAAAAUGCUUUGAAAUCAUGUUGUUCUAAAUUGGUAGAUAAAGUUCUCAAUUUUGAAAAAGACUUGAUUUUGAAUAAAUGCGAAGAUACAAUUUUAUGGUUGAAUUCUCAUCAAUCCGCUGGAAAGGAACUAUAUGAAUGUAAACAGAAAGAAUUGGAAAACGUAUCUGAUGCAAUGGAUGGUUUCAUCAAUCAAGUGAAAAUAAUGCUUUUCAACAACUCAACUUCAUCAUCUCAACGGCGUCCAUGUCAUCCUUUCCUUACGAAUCAAAUUACCAUCACGCACGAUAAAGAUUUACGCUGCAGUAAAGAUAAAGUUGAGGGAAUUCCCGAAGACGCCGACAAAUGUCGAAUUGAAGAAAAUAAACAAAAAGACAUCGUAUUUACCGCCAAGAACUCUUUAUUAACAUACUGUAUCGAGGUGAUGAGCACCGUGAAGGAUGAAAAAUCGAAUAUUGAUAAGUUCAACAGAGAUGUGCUGUUGAAAAAAUGUAACGAAGCUAUUCAUUGGCUGAAUCAAAACCAUUCCGUCGAAAAAGAACUUUACGAAAGCAAACUGGAGGAUUUAAAAACCAGAUUCGAUGCAGUCAAUUCGACAGCUAAAACCCGCCGAAAAGAAAAUGACAAACAUGAAGCACUCAAUGCCUGCUUCUCGAAACGACAUCAGAAAAACAAACCUUCAGAAAUGGCUUCUAAAUGUAAUCGCGAUUCGUCUGAAGGCAAAAGUAUCGAUUUUGGUAUGCAUGAGUAUGAAAGUCUGAAGUGAAUCCAAACACUUCGAUGAAAUCGAAGAAGACAACACAUUCCUUCUCUUCAAAUUUUAAUGCCGGUAUUAUUGUUUUCAGAUUCCGAUGAUUGACGAUUGACGAUUCCGAUUAUGGUGUACGUUUUAAUUUUAUUGCGAGCGACUGAUCAAUGUUUUAAAAGUUUUAUUCACUAUAUACCAAUCCAUUUAAAUUGUAUGUUACUUUAUUGUUCUAUUUUAUAAAAUUGUAAAACCUUUCUAGGUACUUGAAUGUCAAUUUGUUUUUAUUCAU